CCUCUUUCUGGACAACGAUCUCCUUGGCAACGAGACGCCGUGCUACCCGAUAGUGUACAUCGCUACCAUAGCAACCGAGGCCUAGGAAGACGCUUCCAUCCUCGGUGUGUAGCUGUUCACCAUGUCCGCUCAGGUGCUCGUGUCCCGCCCGCCUGCCCCACAGGGUAUCCCGGCGGAGAGCCUUCCGGUACACACGGUGGAGCCAGCCUAUAACACCGGGGAGCACUCGUCCUCCGGUCUGGCCACCUCCGGGUUCCGCACCGCUAAGUAUCUCCUGGAGGAAUGGCAGCAGGGCGGGUACACGUCUUUCUACCAGGCGUUCUCUGACCGGGACUGCUCGGAGAAGGGGCGGCAUGAGGCCAAGCAGCUGGCGGCGGAGUGUGAGGCCCGGGCCCAGCGCAGCCAGGCGGACACCACCAAGAAGCUGGGGGAGCGGCUGCUGGACAUCCACUACUGGCGGUCAGAGCUGGAGCGGGAGAUCCGGGACGUGACGGCCGAGACCCGGCUACUACUGCAGCAGAAGAGCCGCCUGGAGAGGGCGCUGGACGCCACCGAGAUCCCGUACAGCAUCGCCCGAGACAACCUGCAGUGCCGGGAGCGGAGGGUCGGGGCCGAGCUGGUGCGGGACGGGGCGGAGGAGGAGCUACUGCGGGAGGUUGAACUUAUUAGAAAUGUGCAGGAUCUUCUGAAGAGGACCCUUGAUCAGACCAUCCAGCAGAUCAGGCAGAACAGAGACGCCAAGGAGAAGCUGGAGAUGGACUAUUCAGACAAGGUGGAGGCCUACGACAUUGACACCCAGAGCGGGAGAUACAGCAACCAAAGCACCGAGAUCCAGUUCCAUCACAACUCUUCUAAAUUUGAGGACAAUACAUCUACCCCGGAGACGUGGGCUCAGCACAGUCACGAAAACAUAUACAAGGCUGAGAGAGAGCGCAUGGCCUCCAUCAAUCUUCGCUCCCUGAUCGACAACAUCCUGCAGGACACAUCGGAAGACCUGCGAUCCCAGUGCGACACGGUUAACAGCGCCCUCGCCAGUCGGUGCGAGGAGGUGGAGGACGUCAAAAGUAAGCUGGAGGACCACCUGAAGAAGACCCUGAGGGAGAUCGGAGAUCAGGAGAAUAACAUUGCGGCUCUCAAGCAGGCCAUAAAAGAUAAGGAGGCCCCCAUGAAAGUGGCUCAGAGUCGGCUGUAUCAGAGAUCGUACAGGCCCAAUGUUGAGCUCUGCAGGGAUCCGGUGCAGUUCCGGCUUAUCAGCGAGGUCGGAGAGCUGACGGAAUCGGUGGAGUUCCUGAAGCAGAAGCUGGAGGAGGCGGAGCAGUCCCUCAGGAACCUGGAGGACACCAGGAUGUCCCUGGAGAAAGACAUAGCCAACAAGGCCAACACUCUCUUCAUCGACCGGGAAAAGUGCAUGACCCACCGCACCCGGUACCCCGAGGUCUUGAAGCUGACUGGAUUUCAGUAAAGUCAAUUUAUCAUUAUUUUCUCAGCGUUAUCUGCGUGAAUAAAGAGGAAUCGGUAA